AUGAGACCGAUCCUCCUCCCGACAAUCGCGGCACUGCUGUCUAACGUGCUCGCCGACCCGACAUGGCCGUCCCCGAUCGAUGACUUGGAGGAGAUCAUGUACCAGGGGCGGAUAUUCAAGUCGCGGAACUUUGCAGACACCAUCUCGCCGUGCUCCAACGAGGCUUCUGGGCCUGGAAGACAGGUCGCGGCUGAGUGGCUCAGGGUUGCGUUUCACGACAUGUCAACUGCCGAUGUGAGGACAGGAAACGGUGGAUUGGAUGGAUCACUACAGUACCAGCUCGAUGAUGGUGAGAGCAAAGGGCCGGGUUUCAACUCUACGCUGAAGUUCUUUUCGGACUAUCUGUCAAAGAGAUCGAGCCUGGCAGAUCUCAUCGCGCUUGGGGUGUAUGCCUCGGUCCGUUCAUGUGGUGGUCCUGUCAUACCCGUUAGAGGUGGUAGGGUGGAUGCACCCGGGGCCGGGAGCAUGGGAGUGCCUCAGCCAGAGCAUUCGAUCGCACAAUUCCGCGAGCAGUUUUCCCGGAUGGGCUUCACCAAUGAGGAGAUGAUCCAAGUCACUGCGUGCGGACACACGCUUGGAGGUGUGCACGGCACAGAGUUCCCCGAGCUGAUCGAGGACGGAGAGGCACCAUCUGACUCAACAGUUUCCAUGUUCGAUGAGAAAGUCGUCACCGAGUAUCUCGAUAACAACACAACAAACCCACUCGUGGUGGGGCCGGCGGUUUCUCAGGGCAAGGACUCGGAUGCUCGAAUUUUUGGCUCUGAUGCCAAUAUUACAGUCAAGGCUAUGGCGGACCCACAGAGCUUCCAGGAUGUCUGUCAAAAGGUGCUCCAGAAAAUGAUUGAGGUUGUCCCCGAGACGGUUACGCUGUCAGAGCCCAUCGAGCCCUAUGUGGUCAAGCCGGUAGACUUGCGGCUUACGUUGGAGCAGGCUGCAAGGCAUCUACAACUCAGUGGCAACAUACGCGUGAAGACUACGACCCUUCCGGCCAUGGAGAUUGACAAGGUGGAAAUUCUCUACAGGAAUCGAAACGGUGAACAAGAUUGUGGCCCCGGAUCUUGUCUAAUUGCUGCCACCGCUCAUGGCAGUGGCUACGGACUCGACGACAGCUUCGCUUUCUUCCCAGUCGACGCGACGAUCCCAGUCGACACGGGGAUCUCGUCCUUCACUUUGACCCUCGUCCUAACCAACGGCACUAGACUGCACUUCGACAACAAUGGCAACUCCUACCCAAUGCAAGACGCUGUUCUUUUACUCAGGCGCCAGACCUGUCUGCUGCAAUACACGGGGAAGAUAAACGUCACGGCAGCUGUCCGCAAUGACAGAAAUGACCUUCCCACCAAUCUCACAAUCUCCUAUAAGGUGCCUCGGCCAGGUCUGCCUGUCGCUGGGCUCCACGAGAUAACCAUGGCCAUGAAUAAAGGCGACUGCGUCGGCCCAUAUACAUUGUACAACACCAACUGGACCAUCCCAGGCGGCAUCAGUUACUCCUCUAGGACGGAUGUCAGCAACGGCCAAGGCGAGAGCCUCCUCGUGGAUGACUUCACCUACGGGGCCGAUAUCCAUGGCCAAUGUGAAGAGUUUUCCACCCCGCCAGCGUCUAUGUGUACGACCAUUAGCAUCACGACCACUCCUUUGACUCCUACGGCAACUCCUAUUUCUCCCUCAAGUACUCUUUCAAUUAGCUCAACCACACCAACGAGCAUUGCGCCGACUUCGACGGCUGCCUCUGACUUGGCGCCUGAGGCGGGCGGCCAUGAGUUCAGCAAAUCAAUCUUCAGGCCUGUAUCUGGGAGCAUAUGGGAGACCUUUAUGCAAUUUUUCAAUAGCAUUUGGUAG